AGAUGAGCUCUACUUACACAUUUCUUGCGUAUGGGGUUAUCGUCGGGCUGUCGCCUUCGUCGUAGUACUGACGAGAAAAUUUCUCGUAUUGAUCAGGUCUUGAAUCGGGUCAUCAUUUUCAAACUAAACAAACCAAGAACACGAUGGUUGUGGGCAAGUUACGGAUGAAGAACACGGAAGAUAAUCAGCAACCAAGCCAGAUCUACAAGCAACGCAAACGACGACAACGUACUCGCUCACCUUCGAUUGACCCUCCUCCAGAGCCGUAUGGACCGGGGGAUGUGAAGGACGAGUACCCCUCGGGCUCGUCAUCUGGUUCGCGGGCCAUGCAGGCUGAUAAGGGGAAAGCCAGACACCAAGCUGGCGACGAGUUAGUGAUACAAUGGACCACCACCUCCUCCAGAAUCGCUAAUCAACUCCUCUGUCUACCAUCGACGAGCUCCAGGGACUUCCAACAGAAACUCCGGGAGACCUUGGAUGCCGAUAACGAGGAUCUUCGGCUAGAGUCUCUCCUCGAGGACGAGCUCGUCCUCCCGCGUCGUUGGCAUGACCAUCAGAGUCGGGCUCAUGCUCGGUCCGACCUCAAUGGCCAUCAACUCGCUCGCUUGGAACCCGCCGAAUACGAGGAAUAUAUCCGGAAACGAAUGUGGAGUCAAUCGAAUCGGAAACAUUAUCUUUAUCUCAAAGAUCAAGAAGAGCAGAAACGAAAAGCUCGUGAAGAAGCUCAUGAGGCUCGCAAAAAACAUAGAGCGGACGCCAAACUUCGGGCCGAACGAGAGGCACUCAAACAGACAAACCAGAAGCUGAAGAGCCAGCAACGGUCUAGAGACUCGUACACUCGACGCUGGGAGCUGCUGAACUGUCUACUGAAUUCCGAUGGAUCUUCGAAGCCUGAGGAGACGCAGGAGGGGGAACAGAGAGGCCCGUCAGACGCACGACAGAAGCUGAAGGAAGAGAGCAGACAGGUGGUCGAGUUUGAGGAGAUUCCCUGGCCGAUCUACCCGUGUACCCGAUCAGAAGAAGACACUCUCCCAGAAAUCGAACGAUUUAAUGUCCACUCGAUCAAAGACUUCCUGGUCGGCCAUCUUCUCUCUAGUAACGAUCCCUCAACGACUGCGGAAAGGAAGAAAAUCAUCAGAAACGCAGUCCGGUCUUAUCAUCCUGAUCGCUUCGAAAGACUCGUUCUGCGUGUCAAGGAUCUCAAUCAUGCCCCUCAAAAGGCUAAGGAAUGGGGCCUGAGAGUCUCUCAAGUGCUGAAUGAAUUAAAUCAGUCAAUCGAUUGAUUCAAUUUGAACUGCUUGUAACUCUUUUUUAAUUGUAUUCUUUACUAUAUUAUUAAGCUUAUCCUAUGUUUCGGACUACGAGCCAUUGUGGAUGUGUUUUUUAAAUCAUUGGUUGGUUUGAAUUACAAAUGAUCAUUUAUUUAUUUUUUUUACAAGAAAGGGUGGUGCUUCUCCAAAGCCAUGUUUUCUAUUUAUUUACAAUGCUUCUUUGGAGUUGAUCUACUGAGUUGAGUUAUGGGUCAUCAUGGAGAACUCUAUUGGAAACUUGGGCCCAUCUUUUUUGUUACAUGUUAGAGUCAAGUUUCAACCAAUCUAUUG